AUGAACAUGUAUCAAGCCAUUCGUGAUGCUAUGAGCACAGCAUUGGCGGAAGAUGACACUGCCGUUGUCUUCGGUGAAGAUGUGGCAUUCGGAGGGGUCUUCCGCUGCACUAUGGGUUUAUCAGAGGAGUUUGGUAUAGACCGAGUCUUCAACACUCCACUUACUGAGCAGGGUAUUGCUGGUUUCGGGAUUGGGCUUGCGGCUACGGGACAAACUGCUAUUGCGGAAAUACAGUUCGCGGAUUACAUAUUUCCUGCUUUUGACCAAGCAAGUCGUAUUGUUAACGAGGCCGCCAAAAUGAGAUAUCGUUCGGGGGGACAUUUCACUGCGGGCUCGCUCACAAUUCGGUCGCCAUCCAUGUCAGUCGGUCACGGGGGAUUAUAUCAUUCUCAAUCUCCUGAGGGUUUCUUCUUGGGAGCUGCUGGCCUCAAAAUCGUUGUCCCGAGAAGUCCAAUACAAGCGAAAGGCCUGCUGCUGGCUUCUAUCCGUGAUUCGAACCCAGUCAUAUUCUUUGAACCCAAAAUCCUCUACCGAUCAGCAAACGAGCACGUUCCUCUUUCCCCGUACACCCUUCCCCUCUCCUCAGCCGAGAUACUUCAACAAGGCCAAGACUUGACCAUAGUCUCAUGGGGAACCCCCCUCUACACCAUCGAAACUGCCCUCUCAAUGAUUGCCUCCCCACCUCCACAAUUCGAAAAUUUUGUUCCACAAGACGUCCGAAAGGCGAAAAUCGAAGUCAUCGAUCUUAGAACGAUCUUGCCUUGGGAUAGAGAUACGAUCGUUCAAAGUGUGAAGAAAACAGGAAGGUUGUUGAUCGUUCAUGAAGCUGGAAGGAUAGGUGGCGUCGGGUCUGAAAUCGCAUCUGUCGUCACCGAGGAAUGUUUCCUUCAAUUGGAAGCACCUGUACGUAGGGUCUGCGGAUGGGACACACCCGUAGCUUUAGUUUAUGAAAAGUUCUUCAUUCCGGAUGCCGUGAGGAUUUUGGAUGCUAUCGUGUCAACCUUGCACUAUUAA